CAAUUCUAGAAGUCUUAAGAAUAAGCAAACUGUGAUAACAAAGAGUCUGGUGUCUUCAACACAUGGCUGAGAAGAUGGAAUCCAAAAAUGUAAAGGACUCUGGUAAACACUACAGCCUUGAAAAAGCAAACUUAUUUCAGCCGUCCUCAACUGAGAAACACCAUGGCCAUAAGAUUCCUAAGAAACCGAGAAAAGGAGAUCUACAAACAGCUUUGAUCAGCGUGCUCUCUGAUCAACAGUUCACCUGCCCUAUUUGCUUAGAUAUCUUCAUUCAGCCGGUCUCCAUCACCUGCGGACACAACUUUUGCAUGGCCUGCAUUUUAAAGUCCUGGGAUGCAAAUGAUGUCUAUACAUGUCCGCUGUGUAAGAAGGUCUAUCCAGACCGGCCUGAUCUCCACAUCAAUCGAGACCUGGCUGAGAUAACAGAAGAGUUUAGCUGGAUGAAAGUCCAAGAUGAUGAGGAAAGCAAUUCUGCCUACCAUGGUGUGCCUUGCGAUGCCUGCACUGGAAGAAAGAGGAGGGCAGUCAAGUCCUGUUUGACGUGCCCAGCCUCGUACUGUGAAGAGCACAUCAAAGCCCACUAUGCAGCAGUAACCCUCAAGACCCACCUACUGGUAGAUCCCCUCGACUCUCUCGAAGAGAGGCUGUGUGAAGAGCACCUGCAAGCUCUGGAACUGUUCUGCAGAACUGACCAGACUUGCAUAUGUCUUUUGUGCUCUGUAACAGAUCAUAAAAACCACAACAUUGUCGAAGCCGAGGUGGAAUGGAGCAAGAGAAAGAAACAGUUUUUGAGUACAAAAGCCAAAAUAGAAAGUACAAUUAAUGAGAGACAGGGUCAAAAGGAGACGCUAAAAACACAGCUCAAGUUAAUUGAAAAUUCAAUUCAAGAAGAAAGAGAGGCAAGUGAAAAAGUUCUAAACGAAUUAAUAUGUGCCAUUGAAAGAACAAGAGCGGAGAUUUACAGAAGUGCUGAGACGAAAUGGAAGCUUAUUGAGAACCAGACAGAAUGCCUCCUUAACCUUAUAGAGCAGGAAAUCACUGAGCUGAAGAGUAAAAGUGUUCAAUUUGAGAAGAUUUUGGAAACAGAUGAUCCUAUCCAUUCUUUACAGGUCUACCAAUCUGCAUGCAAAAUUUCAUUGAGUCAUGAAAAAUGUGACUUGCCUGAUGGUUCAGAUUUCCUCCUGGGAGUUGUCAACACUAUGUUUUAUGAUUUGGCAGAAUACAUCACCUCGGUUAUAAACAUGAAAAUCCAGUCAGACCUGACCCAGAUGCGCAGAUAUGCAGCUGAUGUGACCCUGGAUCCCGAUACUGCAUCUCCAUGGCUCAUUCUCUCAGAAGAUGGGAAAGCUGUGAGAUAUGCUAAUGAACGCCAACACCUCCCCGACAGUCCUCUGAGAUUCGAUCCAGUGAUCAGUGUACUAGGACUUAAAAGCUUUCAUUCUGGAAAGCACUACUGGGAAGUGGACACCGGAGACAAGACCGACUGGGAUCUGGGAGUUGCAAAGGAGUCAGUUAGGAGAAAGGGAAUGCUUAUGCUGUCACCCCAGAAUGGCUACUGGACUUUAUGUCUGAGAGAAGGGAGUCAUGUCAGGGCUUGUGGUAACCCCACUGUUAACCUUUCCAUGAAUACAAAGCCCCGAAAGGUGGGGAUAUUUCUGGAUUAUGAUGGAGGUUUCCUCUCGUUUUAUGAUGUAUCUUCCAGAGGUCAUCUUUACACUUUCUUUGACACGUUUACUGAGAAGCUCUACCCGUACUUCAAUCCUUUCAUUACUUAUGAAGAUAAAAAUGACCAUCCUCUGAAAAUCUGCUCCUUUAGUGUAAAAUAACAGGUACAGUAAGCAUGUCAUUUAAAAAAAAAAAAAGGAAAACCAGCCCAAUAAAUAAGAAUUUG